AUGGCCCCUGACCUUCCACAGGGCGAGGACACGUGGAUACCGGAUUUGGUUGCGUUGGCUAAACGUUGCCUACGCAUCCAGAACCUCAUGCCAUCCACCUGCCGCUCCGGCAUCAGUGGUCACUGGAGUGCUGCGCGCAAUGACUUCAACCUGCCUCGGAAAGAGGAGGCGUCAAUGGCUUGCUUUUGUACCAGCGACUCUCACCGCUACGGCCGGUUACUGCGAUCAUUUUGGCCCACCAUGCAAAGUACACGAGGUGGAUGUAACCUAGGAGAGCCGCAUUCCCUUCUCAGAGAGACUAAAGUAAAAAGGCCCGCAAAUAACCCAGAGGCAGUGCUACUAAGUUUCCGUAACCAGGCCAACUGCACGGUGUGUCAAAUUCACUUCAGUUGUCGGUAA